AUGUCGGAGAAAAGCAUGCAUGCUGUGUUGGAUUUUGGAGCUGAAGCAGUCAAGAACGUGGAUGCCAAACUGGCUAUUUUAAGAUUUGAUUACAGUUGGGCUGCAGAAGUAGAGAGGGAAGAGAGGAUAAUGGAGGAAGUAGAGAAGCAACCUUUGGAGAUAACAGAUGUCGUGAGACAACUGAAGUCAGAUGAAGAUAAGACCAUCCAUAGACAAUUAAUUCUGGAUUUUGGCAAGGAGGCGGUUAAAAAUAUAGAUGAAAAGUUGGAUAUAUUAAAAUUUAAUUACAAUUGGGUUGAUGAGGUAGAGAGAGAAGAAAGAAAAGCCGAGAAAGCAAGCAAGAAACCUUUGGAACAUACAGAUACAAUGAAACAGAAACAGUGGAUGUCAGACGAAGAUUACAAAACAUUUAUGGGUAAUUUUCCACUUUAA